AGUCUUCUCCUCCUUUUUUUUCAGCUGCUUUCACUGACGUGUAGCGUCUCCUCUCUAGUGCGUUUAGAGAAUACAGUACGUGACGAACUCCGUCUUAAAAACAACAACUGCGGAAACGUAAUGAAGCAUUGUCUUUGUUCUACUCUCCCCAAACACCUUUUUCGUUUGUUUUCCAUCAACUGGCCUUAUGAAUGACACCGAGCUUCCGCAUGCUGUAGCUCUUUCCCGCGAGUUGGAGCUGGAGCUGCAGCGCGUCGAUGCAUUGCAGCAGGUGUACAUGGCGCAACUGGUGGAUGAGCUCCGUGACAUGAGCUUCUUAGCUAUGGAGGAAUGUUGUAGUUCACCCCUGCGGUCCGGUCGUGCGCCGUCGCCUACGCUACCGUAUUUCAACUCCUUGACCACUGCUACCGGGGCAACCCACAACAUUCACUUCUCCAACGGCGCGCACGCGCACAACGGUCAAAGCGCGCCCGUGACAGUUCCGGCAUCGUCUAGAGAGGAGAUGCGAAAGACAAAGGUCACCACUGUUCAAAACAUCCCGGCGGUCUCAUCCAGCUCUCCCAAUCGAAAGGAGAUAUCGGUACGGCUUUCAAGAAGAAGGCAUAACAAUGAACAAUUUCUUCUUGCGCAAGUGACAGAGAGGGACGGCAAUUGUGAAGCGCGUGGUGCUCGGCAGUCGUCACUUUCACCGGCAACGCUGCCAACGCCGCCGCCCUUACCGCAGAGAAGCUGCCGUGCACUGGAGGUGCGGCGAGCGCAACGGGCUCUGCGGUGCAUUCGUGAAGAUCGGCACGCGCAUUUCAACGCCAAGGCACGGCGAGCUCAGGAGCUGCUCAUGGAAGGCCGCGAAACUGCGCGGAGGAGUCGUGCGCGUCGACUUGCAGAAUCAUCAGCUGCUCCCAAACCGUGCAAAUGA